AUGGCGGCAAUGGUAUCUCCAUGGGGAAAGCCAGGCGCGUGGGCCCUCGACUCGGAGGAACACGAAGCUCAACUUCUGAAAGAAGAGCAGGAGCAGCAGAAACAAGCGGAGCUCGGCCUGGAUUUCCCCUCCCUCAACGACGCCUUGGCCACCAAGCAGAAGAAGAAGGGCCAAACUCUCUCGUUGGCGGAGUUCAACGCCUAUGGCGGCAGCGGCACCAGAUCUUCCGCUCACACCGCUGCGCCCCAGGGCCUCACGCAUGAAGAUCUCAUGGUGCUUCCCACCGGCCCUCGCCAACGGACGGCGGAGGAGCUCGACCGGAACCGCCUCGGCGGUGGCUUUAGGAAUUACGGUACGAAUGGUUCGUAUGAGAGGAAUAAUAGGUAUUCGAUUGGGGAUGAUUCGUCUAAUUCGAAGUGGGGUUCGUCUAGGGUUUCUGAUGAGAAUCGGAGGAACAAUGGCGGGGGUAAUAGGGGGGAUUCGGGUAGGGAAAUUGCACCUUCUCGGGCUGAUGAGGUCGAUAAUUGGGCCUUAACUAAGAAACCGAUGGCUGCAAAUGGAUUUGAGAGGAGGGAUAGAGGAGGAGGGUUUUCGGAUUUGCCGUCUUCGAAAGCCGACGAAUCAGAGAGUUGGAUUUCCAAUAAGAGCAAUGUUCCAUCGGAUGUGCGGAGAUUUGGGACUAACGGCGGAUUUGAAAGAGAGCGACGAGGAGGUUUUCCGACGGGCGGCGGAGGCGGUGCAGAUUUAGAAAAUUGGGGGAGGAAGAAAGAGGAAGGUAAUAAUGGUGGCAGCGUUGCGGGUAGGCCGAAGCUUAAUUUGCAGCCACGGACACUGCCAGUGAGCGAUGGGAAGUCGUCAGAGAUAUCAGGGACGGGGCUGGGGGCGAGGUCGAAGAGUUCAAAUCCAUUCGGAGAGGCGAGGCCGAGGGAACAGGUUCUGGCUGAGAAAGGACAUGACUGGAAAAAACUCGACGAGCAACUGGAGUCGAAGAUCAAAGACGAGCAACCAGAGAAGGUAGAAAACUCUAACAGCACUUCCUUUGGAAAGAAGAGCUUUGGCCGGGCAUCUGAGGACCGAACAGAGAGGAGCUGGAGGAAGCCAGAGUCGACAUCGGAGUCACUGGAAUCUCGUCCCGGCAGUGCGGAGGAGAAUGAAAAUGGAGAUGUUGAAGGGGAGUGUGAAGGGGACGAAAAUGGAGCUUGA